GUGUUUGUAUGUAUAGUACAUAUCUACCUUGACAUGAAUAAGUUAGGUUCAAAGUAACGUUUUAAGAAGGUAUACCCAAAAUGAAUUAAGAUACAAGCAUUUGAUAUUAUCAACAAAAUGUAUAAUUAGUUAACUUACCAGUCAAAUUAUCAAACUACCAUUCUUCUACGAUUUCAGCAGCCUAAUUUAUUAUCAGAUUUCAAGCUCUCAUAUUUGUCAUCGCUAAUGCAUCAUAUUAAUCACUUUUCAAUCUUUGAAAAGCCUUUUCUGGUGCUACAAGAAGAUUUUCUCCCUUUUUUUUUUCCCACUGAUCAGCUAAGCUAUGGCAAGGAAUAAGAAGAGUUUACAAGCCAAACUGGUGGGUACUUCUAGGGGACAUGGGAACGGGGAAGACUAGUUUGGUUCUUAGAUUUGUCAAAGGUCAAUUUUCGGAAUACCAGGAAUCAACAAUCGGAGCCGCAUUUUUCACACAGGUUUUGUCUUUAAAUGAAGCCACUGUGAAGUUUGAUAUAUGGGACACAGCAGGGCAAGAACGAUACCACAGUUUGGCUCCCAUGUAUUAUCGUGGCUCUGCUGCUGCUAUAGUUGUAUAUGACAUUACAAGCAUGGAUUCUUUUGUACGGGCAAAGAAGUGGGUUCGCGAAGUGCAAAGACAAGCAAAUCCAAAUUUGAUAAUGCUUUUGGUGGCUAACAAGGCUGAUUUGGAAGACCAGAGAAAAGUUGGAAAUGAGGAGGGUGAGGAAUAUGCCAAAGAAAAUGGCAUGUCUUUCUUUGAAACUUCAGCAAAAACAGCACAGAAUGUCAAUGAGCUCUUCUAUGAAAUAGCUAAGAGAUUGGCAAAAGCCAACCCUUCACGUCAAACUGGGAUUAAGCUGCAUGGCAGAACUCAAGAAACUAGAAGAAGACUAUUUUGUUGUGCUUAAGCUUAACGGUGUGUCUUUAAUAUUUUAUAAGACAUAUACUAUAUUGUACUCAAACUCACUCAAGAAGAACAUAUGUUUGUUCAGUGUACAUUUUAAUGUAAGAUCUCACGCCCAAAGUGUACUCAGAUGGUAACAUUUCGUAUUGACGAACUUAUCAGUUCUCAUUCUAAGGUCUCAUAGGUAAAGCCUUUUUCUUUAAGUUUUUAA